CGCCCACGAAACAUGUGCGAAGAGCAGACAGGUCAGGGUCACGGCGUGUGUACAAGAAGACGACGCGCCCAGCGACAGGCAUCGGUCGUAGUAGGAGGAGAGAAAGGCGCAGAGGGAGGCGGCAACAAUCGAGCUGCAAGAGAAAGGGUAGAGGACGACAAUGUCCGCUGCGGCGCCACGUUUCUUGAACUGAGACGACGAGGUUCCGGUGGAAUUUCCCGGGGUCCAAUCAAAAUUUUGACCUGGCUUAAAAGGGUAAAAUGAAGAGUUGAAUCAAAGUCCGAGUGAGCGUCGGACCGAGCGAGGGGUUUGGUUUGCAGAUUCCCGCCCCGAUGAUAGACAGAAGGAAAAAGACGGCCCAAAAACAUAUAGUCGAGAAUUGUUGAGGCUAUCGGCGGUGGGUCAGGUCACUCUCUGAAUGGCACCAUCCUUUGUUUCGGCAAUGUGGAGGAAAUGCCCGUUCUAGAGUGCAAACUGGUGAUUGUAUAUUUUAGAGUGGAACGGUGUAAUUACUGAAGUGAUUCUGAGUGCGGCGGUGAAUUCUGAUUUCACAUCUCCUCUUGCGAAAAUUUGUGAUUUCAAUCCAGUGCAGGCACACUAUUUAGGUCAUUAUCGAAACCGAUUACUUGUGAAUUCUCUUCACAGGAUUUUGUUAUUACUGUGAAGAAAAAUUGUGAAAACGUCCGUGAGUGGCAUGCGUGUGUUUGCCGAUAAUGGGAGGAACAUCAGUUGAAGCCCCGUCGCCGGGUGUCAAUAAUUCGUAUCCAGCAGUAGUUCUCGAAAGGUUGAACAUGUCGGCUGUUCCUGUAAACCCUUCACCCCCCGACCCUGAGCGGAUCCGGUCCGACUUGAUGUUACUUCUGCGGGAGUUCUCGACGGAGUUAGCUGCUGCCAAUAGUCCGACAUCCGUUGUCAAUGGUGCUGAAGCGUCAGAUGAAGCAUCAAAUAGUAAGCAGCCAUCGGCAGCUUAUACAGAGGCCGAGUGGUUGUCCCAUCUAGAAUUGAAAUUUUUGUUGCGAGCACACAGAAUGGAGCUUUUACGAGCUCUUGGACGUUACAUUGGUGGAGGCUCUUCAGAGGGCAGCAACGCUAACCAGAUAUUUGUUGCGAAAGAGGCGUUGACUGUGGUCGACGAGCUUCUUGAGAAGACAGAAGCAUAUGCCGAAUUUCGUUUGAAAGGAACUGAUGCAAGUUUGCAUCCAAUGGUACUUAGACUUGCCAGUCGUUAUGGAUUAUCCACCGGAGAAUCUGAUCUGUUCCAGUUACUUUUCAUGCGGGGUGCCUCCAAGGCUGCUGCAGUUCGAGCCAUUCUAGGAGUAAGGCAAGAAGACAAGGAGCUGGCUAUGGAACUUUGUGGAAUGAGUUUACUAGAGGUAGAAGAUUUUCUAGAUGACAAGCGGACACAUAUGACAGAAGGAAUAAUUAUUGGGCAGGAUGAUUAUGACGGGAAAACAAUUCGUAUGACAAAUGAAGCAGUCUCAGUCCUUCUUCUAAGGCCAUUGAAAACAGAACAGCGACUCAAAUUCAGCAAAACCGAGCUGUUGAGUGUCAUGGAAUCAUCAAAGGCAGAGGGGUACAAUGACGGGGUAUUAAUGGACACAGAAGAUGGACCUGAUACAGCUGUCGAGGACAAAUUAAAGGAGAACUCUUCUGAGCAGAGCUUUCUGAUGAUCUUUGACUCCAACAAAGGAGUUCAAGGUCAAAAGCGAAAGUUUGGCGUUGUUGACGAGGAGGGCUUAGAUGAUGUCGCAGCUCAAGUAGCACAGCUCGAUGACUUGGUAAAGGUAGCUAUGGAGCCUCAGAGAAAGCGGGCUGCAUUGUUAGGCGAUACCGGCAUUUCAGAAACUGAUGUGAGCAACGGGGUGGAUCCUGGUUUAAAUGGAGGAGCAUCUACUCCAGCAAUGCCUCAGGAGGAUGAUCUAAGAAGAGGAGAACUUUCUGCCUAUAAAUCGAGCUUGGAAUAUUUGGACGAUGCUUUUCAAGUCCUGGCUUUGAUGCUUCGCAUUGCCAAAGCUCGUCACAAAGAGGACAUGAAGGAAGCAUUCAAUGACGAACGUCCUUGGUAUGAUGUAUAUCGCACAACUAAGGUUUCAAGUAUUCGAGAGUUACGGGCAAAGCUACGGUUUGUGCAAAAUCGUCUGCAGGAGAGAAUGAAGCUUACAGAGGAAUCUCUCAAAGAAGGCUCGACUGAGUUUCCUCGUCUUGAAGCACUUGCUCGGAAGCUGGGGUUGGACGAGUUUGAGAAGGGCGUAGUGGUUAUGCUAACUGGUGUGUCCAUAUCGCCAGUGGUGAAAAGCAUUUUUGAAGCAGACAGUGGUGACGGUAGCUACCGUCAUAGUAGUGAAGCUAUACAAGUGAAGGACAUUUUGACGGUGUACUUCGACUCUUUCAAACAACAGGUUCUUGCACGAACAUAUUUUUACAAGUCCAGCAAGCUGGUAUCUAGGGGCUUAAUCAAGUUGCGGGCAACACCAUACGCACGCGGUGGAAGAGGUGAUUUAAUGGAUCAACAAGUGGAGCUAGAUCGCCGGAUGUUAGAUUGGAUCGUCGGCCUUGACACAGAAAUGAACGAACUUGUGGAAGGAAGUCAUCUUUACACACCAAAGAUAGCAAUGGAGCAAGUGGUACUACCCGAUGAACAAAAGGACAUGCUGCUGAAAACGGUAGAGAAUUUUGCCAAAUUCAGGCAAUACAGGAAGCGUGCGGGCCUGGAAGAUGUGAUGAGUUACGGAGCCGGACUUGUUAUUCUUUUGUGUGGUGCAUCUGGAACGGGCAAAACAAUGACGGUGAAUGCUGUUGCACAUCACCUUGGUAAGCGAGUUUUAAUGGUGGAUUUCCACUCGUUACAUUCCGCGUCUGCUGGAGGUAGCCGUGAUGAUCAUUCAGCGGAUCUUAGAGGCCUCUUUCGAGACGCAGACAUGAACGAUGCGAUCAUAUUCUUUGAUGAAUGUGAGGCAAUCUUCGCACAGAGAGAACGUGGAGGAGACAGAAUGCUCAAUUCCUUGCUGACUGAGAUGGAGAGGCAUGAAGGAAUCAUAAUGCUUGCCACGAAUAGGCCUUUAGACCUUGACGAAGCAAUGCACAGACGAAUCACAUGUGUGAGCGAAUUCCAUCCGCCAGACCACACUCAACGGCGUGCGAUAUGGAAGCUUGCAUCUGAGCGUCUCCCCGUUCAUGAUAGCAUCGACUGGGAUAGAAUUUCACUCAGGUAUGAGCUCACAGGAGGAUAUAUAAAGAAUGCGUUAGUGAGUGCACUGCUCAUGGCAAUAUCGCGAGACAGCAUGAAUCCAUCAAUGUCAGAAGAGGACAUUGUGAACGGUUGCCGUCUACAAAUGCGGGGAAGUUUGCAGAUGAAGACUUUCACCCAUAGAGUUGUACCGAAGACAGGUAUGGAUGAUCUCAUACUUAGUUCCGGAAUGCGCGAGAAGAUGGAUGCAAUUGUCACAUUCGAGAAGGCAAGGGCUGUACUCUUAGGACAGUGGGGCUUCCAACAGGAGAGACUUGGCACAGCCUGUUUAUUUUGGGGUCCUCAUGGAACAGGGAAAUCAUCUGCUGCUGAGUCCAUUGGGUUUGAAUUGGGUCGUCCUUUGAAGGUGAUAAACUGUGCCCAACUUAUAUCCAGAGAAAGCAGCACCAAGACUGGGUCAAAUAUUAGUACCGCUUUCAAAGACUCGAGACUCAUGGAUGCAGUGCUUGUACUCGAGGACUUCCAGAUUUUCAGGGCAGACGACGAAGCCGGUGGGGGUGGCGUAGGAAGUGUAUCGCCGUGGUCACAUGUGGCAAUCGGUUUGUUAUUGCAUGAACUGGGUCGGUUUCCUGGAAUCUGCAUUCUUAUCGCUAAUAACGUUCAGGGAAGCGUAAUACACCGAUUGGACCCAGAGCUCACAAGGAGACUUAAGUUUUUGGUAGAGUUUAGAAUGCCAGAUUCUUCUGUACGAUCUCGAAUGUGGAAAAAGUUGAUUCCAGUUAAAUGUCCUUUGGCUCCAAACAUCAAGUUUGAAGAGCUUGGGCGUCGCUUCGAUUUUGCCAGUGGCACCAUUAGCAGUGCAAUUGUAAGAGCUGCUGCUAAGGCAUCCCUGCGAACUGGAGAGGAAUGUAUUGUAACGUAUAAAGAUCUUGUUGAAGCCGCGGAAGCAGAGAAGGCUCAUCUCAGGGACGAACUCUCGGAAGUCAUGCUACAAGCGUUUAUAUAGUUUUCGGUUCUAAAACGCUGUAUUGCGUUUAAUUUUUGAUUGCACAUCAGUCUUAUCUGGCAAUUUCUUGCCGCCAAAAGCAAAGGUCACAUGCCUUGACAACAUGAGUGAUUGAUUGAAGAAACGCCUCGCCGACAAGCUAUGAGUGAUCACUUUAGUCAAGUGACAACCUUCUCGUUCUGUCUAGUCUGCUGUCAUGCCAUUUCUGCAAUCUGGCUGCAAGCUGAACAUAGACGAAAUGAGGCCGUUGCUUUGACUGUUUGCGUCUAUGACAAGUGCAUUCUAUUAGUGUCAAGAUAAGUGAGCGCCAUGCCCAUUCUUUUGCUCAAGUACGCAAGCUUUUUCUUGAGUUCUCUCGUCUUUUGUCCCUUGCAUCUUCCCUGUUGUAAAACUAAAACCCCGACCUGACCUGGUGAACUUCGAGUACUGUAAGGAAGUCAUUUUAAUCACUUCUACAGCUGGAGGAACGAUUUACAGAUUAGUGAGGCCUUGAUGCUAAUGAAAUGUCCGAUGUCAAAUUCUCUCUAUAAAUCGAUUAUUUUGCGAGUAAAUCCACAUCGUGUUCCACU